AUGCUUUUGGAAGAACAGCGCCAGCUUCACGAGGACCUGGAGCGCCUCGAGGAUGCCGCCGCAGAGCGCCUUCUUGAAGACCCUCCGCAUAUUCGCGACCGUCUCGCACGUGACCACGACAUUGCGCGAUUCCUCGAGCAGAUUGAAAGCCAGUCGAGUCGCCUCCUCAAGAUCUACGAAGAUGUAGAUGGCAAGAAGGAGGACGAGGUGCGCGGCCUCACACACGGCGAUCCGAUGGAGUCCUUCUUAAAAGAAGUCGAAUCCAUUAAGGACUUUCACAGACGCUACCCGAACGAGCCCGUCGAGAACCUAGAGAAGGCCUACAAGAAGCGGUCGCCCGAAGACCACGCGCAGUCCAUUGCAGCGAUCGACUCCAUGUUCACUGGCGAGGAGGGUUUUGGUCGCUUCUUUGACCUGACCACGCUGCAUGAGCAGUACUUGAACCUUCCUGUUCAUCAGCACGCGCGCCGCCUGACGUAUCUGCAGUACCUCGAUCUGUUCGAUGUCUUCACGCCUCCGCAAUGCAACAUUCGCCGCGAUCAGAAGAAGUCCGAGUCUUACUUUCAUUACUUGAAGGCAUUGCAAGACUAUCUGGAGAGCUUCAUGAGACGGACAAAGCCUCUGGAGAACCUGGAUCGGCUCUUCGCUAACUUUGACAAGGAGUUUGAGGAGUUAUGGGAAAAGGACCAAGUUCCAGGCUGGGAAAAAGUUGCUCCUGCAGCAUCGGCUGAUACUGAAGCUAAGGGCGAGGGAAUCUGGUGUUCCGCAUGCAAGAAGGGAUUUUCAAAAGAGACAGUCUACGAAGCACAUUUGACAGGAAAGAAGCACAAGAAGGCUUUACAAGAGAGCCAAAACGGCGCACAAGAUAGCGGAAAGUCCGCAAACGGUGCUUCGGCAGACAUGCAACGCUUCAAGGAACGCGCCGUCGCCGAGCGAGAGUUCAGAAUACGAAAGCUCGCUGCAGCCAUGCAGACGGAGCGCGGUGACACCAAGAUGAACGUGGAGCGAAAGCAAGGCAUGACGGAACGCGAGCGACAACAAGAGCUGGAGCAACUGUACUCCGAGACACCCGAAAACGGCGCAAACGAGGAAGCCAACGACUCGGACGGCGAAGACAAGAUUUACAACCCGCUCAAACUACCCCUUGCCUGGGAUGGCAAGCCCAUUCCCUUUUGGCUGUACAAGCUGCACGGCUUGGGCGUCGAGUUUCCCUGCGAAAUCUGCGGAAACUUUGUCUACAUGGGCCGCCGCGCCUUUGACAAGCACUUCAACGAGCCCCGCCACAUUCACGGCCUCAAGUGUCUUGGCAUCACUAACACGACCCUCUUCCGUGAGAUUACGAGUAUCAAGGAGGCUGAGGACUUGUGGAAGAAGAUUCAGAAAGACAAGAAGAAGGAGAAGAUGAUGGCGGAUAAUGUGGUGGAGAUGGAGGAUUCGGAGGGUAACGUUAUGCCUGAGAAGGUGUAUCGCGAUUUGGCUGCUGCGGGCAUGCUUUGA